CGUCCUCUCUCGCGAUCCGCGCCGCGGGCAGUCCAUCGCCCACCCUGGCGCCGCAAUGCCCGCUCAGAUGCUCCCCACCGCGGCUGCCACCGCCACGGCGGCCGUCGCCCGCCCCAGCGCCGCGAAGCGCAAGCUGCAGCGCCCGACGGACCUCUUCCUGAUCGCCGACCAGGACGUCGCCUACGAGCAGGACAUCCAGCGCAACCCCGGCUCCGUGCGGCCGUGGCUCGACUACGUCGCCUUCAAGCGCUCGCGCGGCAGCGUGCUCGAGCAGGCCUUUGUGCUGGAGCGCGCCGUGACCACGCUGCCGCGCUCCUUCAAGCUGUGGAAGCUGUACCUCGAGCUGCGCACCCGCCAUGUCGCCGCGAAGAACCCGGCCACCUUCGCCCCGCACUUCCUCAAGGUCAACGCCCUGUUUGAGCGCGCCCUGGUGCUGCUCAACAAGAUGCCGCGCGUCUGGGAGAUGUACCUGGCCUUUCUGAUGCAGCAGCCGCUCGUCACCACCACCCGCCGCACCUUCGACCGCGCCCUGCGCGCCCUGCCGCUGACCCAGCACCACCGCAUCUGGGCGCUCUACCGCCCCUUUGCAACCUCGGCCUCCGGCGAGACCGCCGUGCGCAUCUGGCGCCGCUACAUGCAGAUCCACCCGGAGGACGCCGAGGACUUCAUCGAGCUGCUCAAGGACAUGCGCAAGUACACCGAGGCCGUCACCAAGUACAUGGAGAUCCUCGACAACCCGCGCUUCAAGAGCAAGGACGCCAAGGGCCCCUUUCAGUUUUGGACCGAGAUGAUCGACCUCCUGAUUGACCACGCCAAGGACAUCGACACGGGCGACGACUCCGGCAUUGACGUCGAGAAGAUCAUCCACAGCGGCAUCGCCAAGUUCCCCGACCAGCGCGGCGUCCUGUGGGUCGGGCUCGCCCGCUACUGGAUGCACAAGGGCGAGUACGAAAAGGCCCGCGACGUCUUCGAGGACGCCAUCACCACCGUCAUGACCGUCCGCGACUUCUCCAUGGUCUUCGACACGUACGUCGAGGCCGAAGAAGCCAUGAUCGGCGUCAAAAUGAACGACGCAGCUGCCCGCUCAGAAAAGGGCCGAGGCGAUCCGGUUGCUGACGCGGAUUUGGACAUCCGGUUGGUUCGCUUCGAGUCUCUCAUGCAGCGGAGACCCUUUCUCCUCAACGAUGUGUUGUUACGGCAGAACCCACACAACGUUAUCGAAUGGGAGAAGCGCGUCGCCCUGUGGGGCGAUAACAAAAAAGAGAUCGUCCAAACGUACACAGACGCAAUUGCCGCCAUCCACCCCAAGAAAGCCGUCGGCAAAUUCCACGAGCUGUGGACAAACUACGCAAAGUUCUACGAGGCUGGUGGUAGUUUGCACAACGCCCGGGCAAUUUUGGAAAAGGCUGUCAAGGUCCCCUUCAAGUCGGUGUCCGAGCUUGCGGAGAUGUGGUGCGAAUGGGCCGAGAUGGAAUUGCGCAACGAGAACUUUGACAAGGCUGUCGAGAUCAUGGCCAAGGCCACACAGGCGCCGAAGCGGUCGAAUGUCGACUACUUUGACGAGUCCCUGACGCCGCAGCAGCGUGUGCACAAGAGCUGGAAGCUAUGGAGUUUCUACGUCGAUCUCGUCGAGAGCGUCAGCACGCUCGAAGAGACCAAGAAGGUGUACGAGAGGAUCUUCGAGCUUCGCAUCGCCACACCGCAGACCGUUGUCAACUACGCCAACCUGCUGGAGGAGAGCAAGUACUUUGAGGAUAGCUUCAAGGUCUACGAGCGCGGCCUCGACCUCUUCAGCUACCCGGUCGCCUUUGAGAUCUGGAAUUUAUAUCUUACCAAGGCCGUCGACCGCAAGAUCGGCAUGGAACGCCUACGAGACCUGUUCGAGCAGGCUGUCGAAGGCUGCCCGCCCAAGUUUGCCAAGGUGCUGUAUCUCAUGUACGGCGCCCUCGAGGAAGACCGCGGCCUCGCGCGCCACGCAAUGCGCAUCUACGAGCGUGCCACCCGCGCCGUUGCUGAUGAAGACCGCAUGGAGAUGUUCAACUUCUACAUCACCAAGUCUGCGUCCAACUUCGGUCUUACGUCGACACGCCCGAUCUACGAGCGCGCCAUUGCCGCGCUUCCAGACGGCGAAGCCAAGGAAAUGUGCCUCAAGUUUGCAGAGAUGGAGCGGAGAUUGGGCGAAAUCGACCGCGCACGAGCAAUCUACGGCCACGCGUCGCAGUUCUGCGAUCCCCGCACGAGCCCCGAGUUCUGGAAGAAGUGGGAGAGCUUCGAGGUCUCGCACGGAAACGAGGACACGUACAAGGAGAUGCUGCGGAUCAAGCGCAGUGUGCAGGCGCAGUACAACACCGACGUCAACUUUAUCGCAUCGCAGGCCAUCGCACGCGGCACUGCGAACGGCGGCCAGGAAGCCCCCGCAGACGACUCAGCGGCCGGCGAGGACGCCAUGGCCGCGCUGGAGCGCCAGGCUCGCGCUCCCGUUGGCUUCGUUGCUGCCAGCACAGGCCUAAAGGGCAACAUUGCAACAACGGCCGAGACAGCGGCAAACCCAGACGCAAUCGACAUUGACGAUGAUUUGUGAUCACCACAUGGACCACUUAGGGAUAGAAGGACGGGGGACGGAGGGAAUCUGGGGUGUGCAUAAUCCGGCGUUUGGGUAGGCGCUCCGAGCGAGCCUCGCCUUUGAAAUCUGCACAUGCUGGCCUUGGCUUUUAGCAUCUUUGGGCGCGUUUUUCACCUUUCCUUUGUCUUGUUGCGUACGGGACAUAUCAAAAUGGACUUUAGCUCGCUGCCCGGCCACAACGGUUGCCCUUUUUUUCUUUUGUUGUUACUAUGUAGUGGUGGACUCGCUUCGCUUCGCUUCUCCAACACACUCUAUAUAUCAUUCACAUACCAGAUUGGCUCUCGUUGGGAACGUGCAGCUCGCUUGUGCAGGCCGUGUCGGCUGAUCCGUCGUGUUGGAUGGCGUUGUCAGGGUAAUCGCAGCUUACG